CUAGCUGUACAUGUACAAAUUGCGAGAGACAAGUCUCAAAAACGAAGCAUUGAAAUGAACUUUUUACUAACACUUAUCUCCCUUUCCCUCUUUUUCCCCACCGAAUCGUCGGAUGAAACGUGUGCCGACGGUCAAUUUCGAUGUAGCAAUGGAAGGUGUAUAACGAAUGAUUGGGUGUGUGAUGGUGCAAGAGAUUGCUCAGAUGGCUCGGAUGAAGAACAUGAAGCUUGUGAUAGGCAUACGAAUAAAAACUCUCCCUGUUUUGGAAAUCAACCUGAAUGUGAGAAGCAUGGCUUGCCACGUUGUAUACCUCACGAAUGGCUUUGCGAUGGUCAUCCGGAUUGUGAUUCCGGAGAGGAUGAAUUGAAUUGUACCUCAGUAGACUGGUUCCGUCAACCUGAGUCAUUGAUGAGAAAAUAUCAAAGUCAGCUGGCAGAUAGAUCGACGACAACGUUCAUUUUCAACUGUGCUUCUGAAGAUUACAUUUGCAAGUCUUCCGGGUUGUGCCUGAAGCCGAAUAAAAUAUGUGAUGGGAAGUUUGAUUGCGAUGGUGGAGAUGAUGAGAAAAAUUGUACCAAAUCGAAUGCAACAACCACCACGAUAAGUAAUUCUUUGUCCACCACAACUGUAGUCAAGUCUACCACGACGUUACCCAUAUCAACGACAACUACUACAACCACAACGAUUACUCCAAAACAUACGAAUCUGACGACAACUGCCACAACAACUAAAAAAGUUACAACAACUGAAAGAGCACAUUUGGAAAACAUCCUGUUGACUAUUCCAUUGAAAUCAACAACGCAAUCUCCUGCACUAACAUCUUCUUCUGCAAAACCUACAAAACCUCCAACUACGAGUGAAACAUCAAAACCAACAUUCCCAUCAACUCUUCCAGCAUAUGUUCUCCCCAUGACAACUACAUCCCAUCCAUCCACCCACACCACCACCACCCAGAAAGUGAUUGCCCGCACAUUUGCGUCGCAGCCACACACAACGUCACAGCCGAAAAUUGUCGUAAAAUUGUUAAAUGACAGUUUUUCAAAUUCAACUACUGAUAAAGCGAAAAGCACAGAAAGUAGUGCUUCUCGUGCUUCUGUUUCAGAGUUGAGCAGAUACGGUAGAAAUGGAUUGGUGAAGCCCGUGAAAUUUGUCAAAGGAAUCCCAAUUGAACCUGUAAAUUAUCAUAAUUCCACUUUUGGCUUUGAAUAAUAUUGCAGCAUUUGAUUUUGCAUUAAAGACACAUGUAAUUGUAAUUCAAUAAUAUUUGUAAGCAAUUAUCUAAAAAAAUCAAUAAAACUUCACGUUUCAUAAAACUAAUUUAUUUUUUUAAUGACAUUUUCUAUACCAAUAAAAUUGAAA